CGCUUUUGACAACUUGUCGAGUUGUGAAAGUGCGGCUGAUCGAUGUUGGUUUUUUGUUCGAAAUUACAUCAGCUUUCUGUAAAAGUAUUAUUCUGACUGAAUAGAAUUACGUUUAAAAUGACUGAGGAGCAACUAAAUAAUUUGUCUGUGAAAGAUGAGGAUGAUGAUGUAGUGGAUCCAUGGACUGUCACAGGGAAGUCAGAAACUGGCAUUGACUAUGACAAAUUAAUAAAAAGAUUUGGCAGCCAAAAGAUAGAUCAAGAGUUAAUAAAUAGAUUCGAAAAGGUCACUGGGAAGAAAGCACACCCGUUUCUCCGACGUGGCAUAUUCUUCUCUCACCGUGACUUGCACAAUAUUCUGAACUUGGCGGAACAAGGCAAGAAGUUUUACCUCUACACCGGCCGGGGGCCCUCCUCGGAGAGCAUGCACAUAGGCCACAUGAUCCCUUUUAUGUUUACAAAAUGGCUACAAGACGCAUUCAACGUGCCGCUGAUUAUCCAACUGACUGACGAUGAGAAGGCCCUGUGGCGCGACAUCAAGAUAGAGGAGGCGCGCAAGAUGGCCUACAACAAUGCUAAGGACAUUAUUGCUGUUGGAUUUGACGUUAAAAACACCUUCAUAUUUAAUGAUCUCGACUUUAUUGGCCAAUGCCCAGCGUUCUACCAGAACAUGCUGCGGAUACAGAAGUGCGUGACGUACAACCAGGUGAAGGGCAUCUUCGGCUUCGGAGACUCUGACGUCAUCGGCAAGAUCACCUUCCCCUCCAUAGAGGCCGCGCCCGCGUUCUCAACCAGCUUCCCUUUCAUAUUCGAUAACAAAGUUUUGCCCUGCCUAAUCCCGUGCGCCAUAGACCAAGACCCGUACUUCAGGAUGACGCGUGACGUCGCGGCGCGGCUCAAGCUACCGAAGCCCGCACUUCUCCACGCCGCCUUCCUCCCGGCCUUGCAGGGUGCGCAGCACAAAAUGUCUGCUAGCGAUCCUAACGCUUCCAUCUUUCUCAAUGAUACAGCGAAACAAAUUAAGAAUAAGAUAAACAAAUACGCUUUUUCCGGCGGACAAGCGACGGUUGAAGAGCACAGAGAAAAGGGUGGCAACACUGAAGUGGACAUCUCUUACAAGUACCUCACAUUCUUCCUAGACGACGACGAACGACUAGCACAGAUAAAGAAAGACUACGAAUCCGGCCAGCUUCUAACAGGGGAACUGAAGAAGAUAGCAAUAGACACCAUCACACCAAUCAUAACCGAGUACCAGGCGCGCAGAGCCGCGGUCACCGAUGACGUCAUGAGGGAGUUCUUCAAGAUACGGCCCAUACAAGUGUAGCUUACGUUUAUGCUCUCCUGGUAGCGGCAGAUGAAGAAUCGUUCUUUAAGGACGCUAAUAGGACUAGUUUGCAGAGCAUUAUGGGGUUCUUUUGUGAGGUCUAUAAAGGAGGCAGGGCCAUUAGAGAACAUUUAUAAAAAGUUAAGAUUCCUUUCUAGUUCUCUCUUACAUUUCUCUUACGCAGCAAAACUCAAAAUGAACUUAACUAGAAAAACUUCAACCAUCGUUUUUACAAUUACAAUCAAAAAGCAAAAGUUUAGCGAAUUAUUUGUAAACAGUGGUGAAAUUAUGAACCAUUAGUUGUCAUAAUUAUAAAAUUUAUGUUUUUGUAGGUGUUUUUGGUCUAUUACAGAAACGACAUGUAACCAGCAGGUCUUAAGUGCAACCAGUUAAUUUAUUACUUUGCAAGAAACUGA